AUAUUUACACUAUAGACUAUAGCCCAAAUAUUUCAAAGCUAAUGGAUGGCCUAGCGCUGAGUUCUCAUGGAUGCAUGUUUCAACGUUUGACUACCAUUUACCAUCUGUCAAUUCCUUGCAACAACACUGUUCUUGGUUACCUCUCGUCUCUUUUUCUCCCAUCUUACAAAAUUUUAAUUUCAAUCUUUUGCAAUUCUCUGCCCCAAUUAAGCCAUUCUCUUCCAUAGGAACCUCUCAAGGGGAGCGCACCCGCAAGUGCGCGCACCACCACUACCCCGAUCAUAACGCGUGCUCUAUGUUAUUAUGAUGGCUAAACACGCCACCAUUUUGUGGGGGCAUUUCCGUUUGAUGGUUCUACUUUUUAUCUUUGUCUUGCAUUUUGUCAUGUAUUCGUGUAAAUCGGAUGCUGAGAUCUUGCUCAAAUUAAAGGAGUCCAUUGUGGAUGACGGUGCAUUGUCUAGUUGGAAUGAUUCAAAACCUCCAUGCAAUGGUGAUAAUGGGAAUUGGGUUGGAAUUUUAUGUGGAAAUGGGACUGUAAUGGGAUUGAAGCUGGAGAAUAUGGGGUUGAGGGGUGUGAUUGAUGUAGAUGUCCUCAAGGAAUUGAAAAAUUUGAGGACUUUAAGCUUGAUGAACAACAAAUUUGAUGGCUCGUUGCCAAAUAUAACUCGACUUGUUGCUCUAAAAUCCAUUUACUUUUCCGGCAAUCAGUUUUCCGGCGUGAUCCCGAAUUACGUUUUCGACGGGAUGUUCUCACUCAAGAAAAUUCAUUUGGCACGAAAUAAAUUUUCCGGUGAGAUUCCUCAAUCGUUGACCACAUUGCCUAGGUUGAGUGAGUUGAUGCUUCAGGAUAACAAGUUUGAUGGAAAAAUACCUCAGUUUCAGAAUGGAAUAUUGAAAUUGUUCAAUGUAUCUGAAAAUGAAUUGAUCGGUGAAAUCCCUCGUAGCCUUAGAGAUAUGAAUGCUUCCUCAUUUUCAGGUAACAAAGAUCUAUGCGGAGCGCCACUCGAAUCAUGUGCUCCGGCACUUUCCAUCGGAACAAUCAUAAUUGUCACGAUACUCGUGACUUUGGCUGUAGCGGCACUCAUCGCAGUCGUCGUCAUUCUCUCCCAGCGGAAGCAACUGCCGGAGCAAGAACAAGCAACAGUAUCCCCUCCCGGCUACCGUAAAGCUUUCUCUACCAAUCUAGACAAAGUGGAACAAGGGACGGCAUCGCCAGAGCAUGGUACAAACGGCAAGAAGGGCAAUAACAAUAUGAAGCUCAUAUUUCUUCAAGAUGACAGGGAGAAAUUCAACAUGAGGGAUCUGCUAAAAGCCUCGGCGGAGAUACUGGGCAGCGGCAUAUUCGGGUCGACAUACAAGGCUGCGCUGAACGGCGGACAGGCGAUGGUCGUGAAAAGAUUCAGGCAUAUGAAUAAUGUUGAGAAAGAAGAGUUUCAUGAAUAUAUGAGAAGAUUAGGGAGGUUGAAUCACCAGAAUGUGCUUCCUAUUGUGGCUUUUUACUAUAGGAAAGAGGAGAAACUAUUGGUUUCCGAUUACAUGGAGAAUAUCAGCCUUGCUGUUCAUCUCCAUGGUAACACAACUCGUGGGCGUCCAUGUCCGGAUUGGCCAACUCGUUUGAGUAUCAUCCAAGGAGUGGCCAAAGGUCUUUCAUACCUCUACAAUGAACUCCCAAGCCUGAUGGCACCACACGGCCACCUCAAAUCCUCAAACGUUCUUCUCGACAGAUCCUACAACCCCUUGCUCACAGACUACGGAUUGGUUCCAGUCGUGAAUCAAGACCGCGCACAGGAGUACAUGAUUGCAUACAAGUCGCCUGAGUACAAGAACAACGGCCGGAUAACCAAGAAAACCGACGUGUGGAGCCUCGGGAUGUUGAUUCUAGAGACCAUGACCGGAAGAUUUCCGUCGAGUUUCUUCCAACAAGGUAGCAAAGGAAACGAAGCGGAUUUGGUAAGCUGGGUUGAAUCCAUGGUUAAAGAAGGGAACACCGAUGUUGAUCGGGUGUUCGAUAAGAAUAUGGGACGAAAGGAUAAGAGUAAAGGGGAAAUGACGAAACUUUUGCAGAUAGGAUUGAAUUGUUGUGAAGAAGAAGUGGAUAAGAGGUGGGAUUUGAAAAAGGUAGUUGAAAGGAUUGAACAAGUGAAGGAGAUGGAUACUGAUCAAGAAUAUAAUUCAAGAGGAUUGUCUAAAUGAUUGAUUGAUUGUGAAAAUAGGAUAGUUUUGUAAUUCAUUUCUACUUAAUUUGAUUUUGUUUUGUUUUUUUUAUUUUUAUAGGAUAUGAAAGGCAAAAUAGUUUAUAGCAAAUGCAACACGCAUACGCAUGUUUUUUGCAUCAAA